AUGAGGAAAAUCAGGAGGAGGAAAAGUAACAGGGGAAAGACAGGAGGAGGAGGAAAAUCAGCAGCAGGAGGAAAAGCAGAAGAUGAGGAAAAUCAGCCCCAAGAGGAAAAGGAGGAGGAGGAGGAGGAAAAUCAUUGGGAAACGGAGGAGGAAAAACUGGAAAAGGAUGAAAAGCAGCAACAAAAAGCAGCAGGAGAGGGGAAAAGCAGUAACAGAAGGAAAACGGGCAGCAGGAGGGAAAAAAGGAGGGAAGGAAAAGCAGCUGCAGAACGAAAAGCAGAAGUAGGAGGAAAAGAAGGGAAAACUAACAGCAGCAGGAAAAUUAUCGGGAAAAGCAACAGGAGGAAAAUCAGCAGAAGGAGGACAAGCAGCAACAGAAGGGGAAGUAACAGGCAGAGCAGCGACAAGGGGCAAAGCAGCAACACCAGGAAAUGCAGGAGUAAAAGCAGCGACAGCAGGAACAGCAGCAGUAGUAGGAAAAGCGGUGGCAGGAGGAACAGCAACAAGGGAAGAAAAGCAGCAACAGCAGCAGGAAAAGCAGUAGAGAGGAAGAAAAGCAGCAGGAAAAGGAAGAAAAGCAGCUGCAAGAGGAAAAACAGGCGGAAGGGAAAGAAAAACAGCAGUAGCAAGAGGAAAAGCAGCAGGAAGAGGAAGAAAAGCAGCAGCAGCAGCAGGAAAAGCAGUAGAGUGGAAGAAAAGCAGCAGCAGAAGGAGGAAAAGCAGCAGGAAAAGGGAGAAAAGCAGCUGCAGGAGGAAAAACUGGAGGAAGGGGAAGAAAAACAGCAGUAG